UCGUUGACCUCUCCCUCCCCGUCCCUGGGAACCAUCUAGCUUCUCCCUUGUAAAAUGGCCGUAGACUGGACUCAACUCCCACCUGAAUUAAUCGAAAUAAUCUCGAAAAAAAUCACAAUCUACUCCGAUUAUCUCCAUUUCCAAGCAGUCUGCCACGCAUGGAAAUCUUCGAUCCCCAAGACACCCAACCACCUUCCUCCACAACUCCCAUGGCUCCUGCUUCCUCAAUCCCAAUCAAACCAAUCUUCUUACCGUGCUUUCUUCAAUCUCUCCACCUACAAAUUCCACUCCCUUAACCUCCCAGAAGCCUCUCAUCGUAAAAAACACUGUGGUUCUUCUCAUGGCUGGCUCAUAAUCCUAGACGAUUCUCCUUCAAUUCUUGUCAUAAAUCCCUUAACACGAAGGAAAAUUCAUUUGCCUGCGAUAUCUAGUUUUCCUAAUGUUGUUAGCUUCGAUUACGCCAAUGUGGGGCGAGAGUAUUUGCUUGUUAAUCCGCAGGGAGAGCGUUAUACAGCUAGCUUGAGGCAAAUGAGAGACGGGUUUAUAAAGAAAGUUGUUAUGUCUUCAAGCCCUUUGGAAAAGAAGGGAGAUUUCUUCGUGGCGAUGGCGAUUCUUUGUUCAACAGGUGAUUUGGCUUACUGUAAAAAUGGAGAUGAAUGUUGGAAUAUAGUAGAGAAUUCGCGUUCUUUUAGUGAAGAUGUUAUUUAUUUUAAUGGAUUAUUUUAUGCUGUCAAUAAGGCUGGCCAAAUUGUUGUAUGUGAUGUUAAUGGCAAUUCACCUAGGGUUUCGUUUAUCGAAACCCCACGGCAAAUUGGUGGUGAUAUGCAGUAUUUGGUUAGUUCGGGAGAUGGGUUGUUAUUAGUUACAAGGUAUUUGGAUCUUGAUGUUGAGUUUGAUAUUUUUAUCUAUAAAACAGUGAGGUUUGAAGUUUUUAAGCUAGACUUGAAUGGACCAAGGUGGGAGAGGGUGACAAGUUUGGGUGAUAUGAUGUUGUUCAUUGGAGAGAAUUCUUCGCUGGCGUUAUCUGCUUCAGGUUUGUCAGGAUGUAUGGGGGACUGUAUAUAUUACACUGAUGAUUACUCUGCAAAUAAUUAUGAUGGUCAUAUUGGAGAACAUGAUUUGGGCAUUUUCAAAUUAUCGGAUGGAAGCAUUGAACCAUUGCCUUGUUAUCCGCGGAAUUCUUAUUCGCGGUUGCAAUGGCCUCCACCACUUUGGAUUUCGCCCAAUCCAUGCUAAUUCUGGAUGCAUGAUAUAAGUACAAGUGUUUGUCUUGAUUGUGUAAAUGUAAAAUGUGUAAUUAGUUCCUCUGCUCGAAUAGUUCCUUGCAGAAGAAGGGUGUUUUUCGCUGUAAAUUAUGACUCCAUAUGCUCAUGACCUUACUUGUAACAGUGUGUGAUUUCAUCUCCUGGCUUGUUAAUUCCAGGCUUCUAUCAAGCUUAAUUAAUGA